AUGGAGCAAUCGGCUCAAAACCCCAUGCAGGGCUUAUCGCAUGGGAACUCCUCACUACCCGCAGAUUACUGGAGCACCCUUGAUCCCGCCUACCCUGACCCUGAGCAACAGCUUCAGCAGCCACAACCUCAACAUCAACCUCAGCAGCAGCACGAUUCUGCAUCACAACAAACUUCUCUUGGCAUCGGAUGGGACCAUCCUGUUUUCCAACAGCAACAGAGAGAAAUAGCCCCACGGGCAGACCCAAACCAUGGCAUUUACUCAUCAGUGCAUCAGCCUUGGCAACAAGCAAAUCCUCUGCAACAGCCACCGCAACGAGGAUAUGGAGCUUCGGCCCAGUAUCAGAUACAUCCACAAGCUUCUCAUUUCCAGCAGGGACAGAUGUCCUUUGACCCCCAUCCCCUGAACGCAUCCGAAUCUUCGGCGUUUCCGUCAUUUUCCUACCAGCCAAAUUACUUCCACCCACAACACCCACAUAUCUCAGUGCCAGACACUUUUCCCGAGGCACCAGCGCCGCAGAGAGAAUACAGCCACGGCCGCAACCACAACCCCAGCCAUCGGUUUCUCCAUACCCUUUACCUCAAGGGUACUCCUCAGAAAUGCUGGGCCAGGCUAUUCAAUUACUACCAGCAUGAUCUUUCAGUUCAGCCGCAGAUGACACCAACUGGCGACUCUGUGCUUCAGCCUAGAGUGAAAGUUCGGAUGAAUCCGAUCUUGAGAUUGAAGCACCUGACGAGCCGUCUCCUAUCCCCCCCGAUUCGUCCGACUGAGCCCGAGGCUGCCGCGGAAUAUGACACCCUCCAAGCCGUGUGGUCACCAAGGAACAAAUGGCCUGGUUCGGAGAGGGUCAAGACCGCGCUAGUAGCCUACAAAGAGCUUGUCAAAUCAUUGAGAGAUGCUUGGAAAGAACAAGUUCAGGCGAUGAAACUAGCCGAAAACCAAGAGGACAACGAGAAAGCAACAAAACUCAAGGAAAAGGUCAUUUCCCAACGUCGCACCAUGGACAAAAUUGCGACCACAACGCUGGAAAUGGGCCAUCCCAAUAUUAUUAAGAAGCUGGGAGAGCACCCUAUGAUUGUGGCAGCUCUAUAUUCCUUCUUGCUCGACCGUUUCCAAGCGGCAGACUUUGCCGGGACUCUGACUAUUAACCUGCUAUCGCUCUUCUCGCGUUUCUCGACUUUGACAGAAGACCUGUUGCAAAAGACCAAUCUGUCCAAAUUGCUGCCUAAGUUCCUCAAAAAAGGUGGCCAGCAGGUUAAGGACCUCACACAGAAGAUCCUGGAUAAUGCUGCGUCCUCUACGAAGCGUAAGCAGGAUGGUGAAAAGCCUGCCAAAGAAGAGCCGCACCUAAAGAGCCUUUCAACAGACCAGCCUAAGGGAGACACUGGAGUAAAGCGACCCCGGGAGGCGGAUAGCAACCUGCAACCUGGCGCAAAACGAAUGGCAGUUCCCAACGCCUCGAAGGAGGUGAAUAAAGUUGCGCCCGCAGGCAAUGGACCAGCCAAAGGAGCACAAAGUAGUAAGCCAACCGGCGCUGCAGCGCUGCGACCUAAAGCCAAUAUCGUGGCUCCCAAGCCAACAAGUCUCUUCGGCACUUUAAGCUCAGCGUCAAAGAGACCUGGGACCACGAAUGCGGAUAGGGCCGCCGCCGCGGCAGCAGCAAAGCCAACUGCUGCUCCCGAAAAGGAAAAGACACCAGCCCCGAAACCAUCUUUCUCCUUUGGUGACAUUAUGGCCGACUUGAACAAACCAAAGCAGGCGCCAACCCCCAAGCCCGCCGAAGAUCAGCCCCCGGAGACUGAAGCUGAGCGAGCAAAGAGGUUGCGUAAAGAAGAGCGCCGUAAACUUCGCGUGACAUGGAAGUCGGAUGAUGCUCUUACUGAAGUUCGACUAUUCACCCACGAUCCCGAUGAAGAAUUAGGUCCUGGCGAUGGGUCAUUGCGUUCGCGCGGAGACGUUAAAGGCGAAGGUAGUGUUCUUAAGCUUCACAAAGAUAUGGACGAACUGGAAGAAGAGGACCUUGGUGGUAUUCGCGAGACCGUGUACCAAGAUGGUUAUACUCUUUCGAUGGUCGAUUUCGACUUCGGCGAACCAAAAGACGGCAGUUUCAUCAAACGCGGUGGCCCCCAGUUGCCAACCAGUCCCGAGAGGGAGGCUCAGGAGCAUCGGGAAUCCACUACCCUUAUGGUCUUUUAUACUUCUCCUGCCGACAUGCCUGACACGCCCAAGGAGCCACCGACUCCUGACCCCGACGAUGUCGUUACCGAUGUAUUACCUUUCGGAGAAUUGCCCGACUUGGUCAAGGCCCGUCAGGAACGGUACUACUCCUAUGUGAACCCCAAGCCUACGACUCCCCAACAGCCGCAGCAACCUACUACCGGGAACAGUGGAUUCGACAUCUCCAAUUUGCUCAAGAUCAUCCAGGGUGUGCCUGGACAGGCACAGCCAAUCCCACCACCGCAGCCAACCCAGCCCGGGGCCAUGCCGGAUCUCGAGAGGACCAUCAACAUGUUCCGUCAGCAACAGCCUCAAGCCCAGGUUCCCCAGGUUCCCCAGGUUCCUCAGGUUCCCCCGACUCCACCAGUACCCACACCUCAGCCCCAAGGUCUUGACUUCAACGCGAUCUUGAAUGUCAUGAAACAAAUGCAGGGGCCGGCUGCAUACACCCAGCCCCAGCAAUCCCAACCAGCAAUGGCACCCAACCUUGGCGCCAUGUUCGCACAAUUUGGUGGACAGAACCAACAAUUCGGCUCUCUCCCAUUCCAACAGCAAGGUCAUGACUAUGAAGACCCAGAACGGAAGCGCGGCCGCGAGAGCGGUUAUUAUGACGACCAGUCUAACUCCGAGUCGUGGAGUCGCUCGAAACGGACCCGAGUUGGCACCAACGAGCCUAAGCCUUACAAGGUGGGACUAGUUGCCUGCAGAUUCUGGGCUGAGGGCAAGUGUCGCAAAGGCGACAACUGCACUUUCCGCCACGAUCCUCUCUAA